AUGGGCCAUUCUGGAGGCGCUGGCAUCGUUUCUGCCACCACGGCACCAGUUCAUGGUGACGGGUCCGGACUCAAGCUUGUUUCAGGACCCGACACCGACUACCAGCAGGCUCAGUCCCACGACGAGGAGGAGCCCGUGAUCCAGUUCCCCAAGCGUGAAUCAGCGGCUCCGGUAGAGCUCUUUUACGAUCUUUGGUUCGUCGCCAACCUCAACGUCUUUACGACUCUGCACCCCAUCACCGACGUGACCAACCUGGGUUCCUUUAUCAAAUACUUUCUACUACUCUGGAUCACCUGGCUCGCUACUACCGUCUUCGAUGUCCGCUUCGGCCAGGAUAACGUAUUUGAGCGCGUCGCCCGCGCUGCUCACCUCACAGUCAUGAUUGGUUUCUCGGCCGGUGGCGUCUCCUUCAGCCAGACCAAGCAGCUCCAGCCCAUCUUCAAAGUCAUGUCCCUCUGCCUCAUGUGCUCCCGCUUCGUCCUCGCCAUCCAAUACGGCGUCGUCCUUUAUCAAGCCCGCCACAACCGCCGAAGCCGAAACAACCUCGCGCUCUCCGUGCUGCUACACCUUGUGCCCGCCUUUAUCUACAUGGGAGCCACCAUCGCCAUGGCGAAGGGCAGCAAAGCCGAGAUCGACUAUCUGUGGUGGGCCGUUGCCCUGGCUGAACUGGCUGCCAUCAUGGCGCACGCCACUUUUUCCAAGACAGUGAGCUUUAGCGGUACGCACUUGACGGAGCGUCUCAACCUCCUCACUUUGAUUGUCAUUGGAGAAGGCAUCAUCAUCCUCGCCAAGACCAUCACCAAGAUUGUGCAGUACACCUAUCUCAAGGACCCUACCACGAGCUGGUCCUCUGCCCUCUUUGGCCUUAUCGCUUGUGGCGCUGCCAUCCUCUACUUUACCUUCCAACUCUACUUUGACUGGAUGGAUCACCACAGCCAUAUGUCUCCGAUCAAAACAGCCAUUUGGACGGUCCUCCACCUUCCCUAUCACAUUGCUGUUGUCCUCACUGUCGAAGGCAGCGGCCAGUGGAUCACGUGGCGACGCACCAUGGAAGCCAUCCGGGAAGCCAUCUUCUCCCUGGAGAAUGGCUUCUUCAAAGCCGCGACCGCCGGCAUGGAUGGACUGGGCAUGAGUGAGGCCGUGGCUGCCGCGUUGACCAAGACCUACGACACGUACACGUUCAGCGCCAAGACCGUGGACACCAUGAACCAGGAACUUGCAAAGAUUCCGGAUUUUCCCGACUCGUAUUGGGAGUCGUUCGACAUCGACCGGUUUUCUAAUAACCCUACCGCUAAUGACACGGCCAUCACUAAAAUUAUGGCAACCCUUGAGGGCUCGCUGAUAAACGGCGUCUUCACCACCUAUGGGCUUACCACUUCGUCAAAAGCCAAGACCCAGGCCGAGGCUGCGGGAAAGACUGAUAAGUUUCGCGGCGAGGAAGCUGCCAUGGAAGCCGUGGGAGAACGCCUUGUAAUGAUUCUUGCUUACGUCUUCGUCGCUGGCGGCGCUGUCCUGUUGCUCCUGUCUCUCAUGCACCUCAUGCAGAAGCCCAAGGGCUGGUCCGUCUUCCAAUUUAUCCGCCUUGGCCUUCUCACCAUUUGCGGUGCCGCCCUCUGCCUCAUUGCGAUUGUCUCCACCAACGAUAAUAUCACGCAAAACAUGAUGCAACAUCCUUGGACACUCCCCAUCAUCGCCCUUGUCUAUCUCCUCGCCCUCGUCGGAACCCACCUGCCGACCCCUGGCGGCAUGAAGACUUCUCACAGCAGCCAGAUGGAGAUGGGCGAGCACAACAAGCCAAGCGACACUGCUCGAAGCUCGCCGUACCACGAUUAA